UAUCCCUUGAUGUCACGAUAUCUAAUCUUGCCCGCAAAGGCAUAGUCGUGCCCUAGUUUAGCUGUCCGCGAUUCUACUUGACGUCUCUUCUCUCUCUUCGCCGUCCCCUCGCUGUUCUCCGGUCGUCACCGCCUGGUCUCCGCUUGCUCUUACCCUGGCGCUAGGGAAAGUACCAUUUUAUGCUUGAGCUUGAUAAGUGAAAGUUCAUAUGGCUGCAUCUGAAAGAAUAGUUUCAUUUUCAUCACUUUCUAAUGUCAAAGAGAACCAGUACAAGAAAAACUUUACCCAUAAUUCUCAGGGUGUCAUGGGAGAUCAUACUCUCCAAUCAGGGCCAAGAACAUUUAGUCGAGAUUAUGAGUAUUCAUUUGCAGAUGAAUCUGACUUUGUUGAUGGAUAUGGUUCAGAAGAAGAACACUAUGACUCAGCACAACGAUCCAAGGCUGAGCCUGAAGUGAAUUUGAAAAACGUAAUAAGUGGAAUAGCUGCAAUUCUAACAGGACGCAGUAAAGGUCUUGCUAGCAUUCAACCUCAACAGAAUUUCUGCUCGAGUGUGUCAUUUAUUGGCUAUGAAAAGGAUGGCGAGAGCUAUUUGCAUUCAUCUGUCUGUACACCAAGUGCUCCACCAUUACUUGAGCCAGAAUCUAUCAAUUACAGUGCAUAUAGAGAUGUACUUGAAGCAGAGCCUCCAGAAUGGUUGCCAGAUAGUACCACUAUAGUCUGCAUGCAAUGCUCUUCUCCUUUUACAGCUCUUACGCGGGGAAGACAUCAUUGUAGGUUUUGCGGUGGUGUCUUCUGCAGAGCAUGCACAAAGGGGAGGUGCUUGUUGCCUGUUAAAUUUCAUAUGCGAGACCCUCAAAGAGUUUGUGAUAUUUGUUUUGAUAGGCUUGAUCCUUUGCAGAGUAUAUUGAUAAAUUCAAUUAGCAAUGCCGUCCAGUCUGCAAAACAUGAUGUUACUGACUGGACCUGCACUAGAGCAUGGUUGAAUUUACCUUUGGGUUUGUCAAUGGAACAUGAAAUAUACAAGGCAGCUAAUACUUUGAGGGGUUACUCACAGGUUGCUAGACUAACUCCUGAUAAGUCCAUUCCCCAAGCUGUCUUAAAGGAUGCGAAAGGGCUUGCCAUUCUAACAAUGGUUAAAGCUGGCACUAUAAUUUCAUACAAGUUUGGCACUGGUCUCGUGGUAUCUCGAAGGGCGGAUGGAACGUGGUCUGCUCCAUCUGCCAUACUAUCUGUUGGUCUGGGAUGGGGAGCUCAGAUAGGAGGGGAACUCAUGGACUUCAUUGCUGUGCUUCACGACUCCGAAACUGUGAAAACAUUUUGCAGUCAAAUGCAUUUUUCGCUUGGAGCAGGUAUAAGUGCUGCAGCAGGGCCAAUUGGCAGGGUUUUGGAGGCAGAUCUCCGGGCUGGGGAUCGAGGACGUGGUGUCUGCUAUACAUACAGCUGCAGCAAAGGUGCUUUUAUUGGGGUCUCAAUGGAAGGAAACAUUGUUUUUACAAGGAUGGAUGCGAACCUUCGUUUCUAUGGUGACCCUUAUCUGACUACGACAGACAUUUUACUGGGGACAGUGGAGAGACCAAAGGCUGCAGGUCCACUGUAUUCUGCUCUCCAUGACCUUUAUACAUGUAUUUGACCACCAACUAUAAAUAUUUUUUUUAACGGUAAAAUUGUUGGUCUUGUUAAAUAAGCCACUAGAAAAUUCAUCUUCCUGAAAUUGUUCAUAUCUGAUAUGGGAGCCGAUGAUGUAUAUAUAUUUAAGAAUUCGGCAAAAAAAAAAAAAUCUGCCUUGCAGAACCUUAUUUGUACAUUUGUUCAAAAUAAAUGUUGUGUUUAUUAAACUUGCUGCUUCUUCAGUCUUUA